ACGCACUAAGGCUGCAUCCAUGACGUCCGCCAUUAAUGUCUCCCUUCUUCUGCUUCUAACUUUCGCUGCCUGUGGUCUAACCGCCGGUUGCUCUUCUAAGCAUUCAUGGCGAAGAAGGAUGGAGAACAGCUUGCUGCCAGCAAAAAAUUCAUUCCUUUUCGAAGAGGCCACUAUCUCCGACAUCCAAGCCGCUUUCAAUGACGGCCGAUUGACUUCCUGCCAGCUUGUUCAGUACUACCUAGACCGAAUAACUACUCUCAAUCCCCACCUCAAUGCUGUUAUUGAGAUUAACCCGGAUGCACUCGAUGAUGCAGCCAAAGCCGACAAUCACUUGCUGCCAGCAAAAAAUUCAUUCCUUUUCGAAGAGGCCACUAUCUCCGACAUCCAAGCCGCUUUCAAUGACGGCCGAUUGACUUCCUGCCAGCUUGUUCAGUACUACCUAGACCGAAUAACUACUCUCAAUCCCCACCUCAAUGCUGUUAUUGAGAUUAACCCGGAUGCACUCGAUGAUGCAGCCAAAGCCGACAUUCAGCGCAACGCCCAAAACCAUCUCAGCCCGCUGCACGGCAUCCCUGUUCUCGUCAAGGACAACAUAAACACCCACGACAAACUCAACACCACCUCCGGAUCCUUCGCUCUUCUCGGCUCCAUCGUGCCCCGAGACGCUGGUGUCAUCCAACGCCUCCGAAUGGCCGGUGCCAUAAUUCUAGGCAAAGCAAGCAUGAGCGAGUGGGACAAUUUUAGAUCACAAGUGCCACCCCAUGGGUGGAGUCCACGAGGGGGCCAAGCCCGAAAUCCUUACUCUAAGACAAAAAAUCCAUGUGGGACCAGCAGCGGUUCUGCCAUAGCAGUGGCUGCAAACCUUGUGACCGUUUCGCUUGCAACGGAUUUGGAUGGCGCUAUCACGUGCCCUGCAGUGGUAAACUCGGUGGUGGGCAUCAAGCCCACGGUUGGGCUAACGAGUCGAUCGGGGAUGGUUCCCAUCUCCCCGAGGCUACAAACCAUUGGGCCAAUGGCACGAACGGUGGCAGAUGCAGUGGCACUAUUGGAUGUGAUUGUGGGAUUCGAUCCACUAGAUGCUGAGGCGACCAAGGCUGCGAAGAAGUUUAUUCCAGAGGGCGGAUUCUGUAAGUCCUUAAAAGAGGACGGGCUGAAGGGGAAGAGAAUUGGGAUUUUACGUCAUCCCUACUUUGACAUAUACUCAAUGGGAUCCAUGGAGGCUAAUACAUUUGCCGCACAUUUUCAAACCAUGAGAUUAAAAGGUGCUAUCUUAGUGGAUAAUCUUAAAAUGAGGAAUGCAGAAAUGAUGGAAAAUCUUAUUGCAAAUGGCGAAAUCAUUUUAUUAUUGGCGGAAUUCAAGCUUUCACUCAAUGCCUACCUCAAAGAUCUUGUGUCUUCCUCUGUACGAUCUCUCGCAGAUGUCAUAGCCUUUAACAAUAAUCAUCCAAUUGAGGAAAACAUGGAUGAAUAUGGACAAAUAGUUUUUUUAGCAUCACAAAAAACAAAUGGGAUAGGUGUAGCAGAGAAGAAGGCAAUAAAAAAAAUGGCCCAACUCUCUAAAGAGGGAAUGGAGGAUCUAAUAAAACAAAAAAAAUUAGAUGUUGUGGUGUUCCCUGAACAUUAUGCUUCAAAUGCAAUGUCCGUUGGCGCCUUUCCCAUCAUCAGUGUUCCAGCUGGAUAUAAUAGCAUUGGUGAACCCUUCGGUAUUUCUUUUGCUGGAUUAAAAGGUUCAGAUGCCAUAUUGAUUGAGAUAGCAUAUGCCUUUGAGCAAGCAACAAAUGUCAGAAAUCCACCUCCAACACUAUUUUGAUUAUACAACAGAUGAAAAGGCAACUUAGGGAGCAAAAGAGCUAAAAUGAAGUGCCUAAGGGC